AUGGGUAGGCGUAAGAGGCUAUGCAUCACCUCAAUUGAUAUCCCUAUUGACAGUGAGAUACAUGAUCAAAGUUCUGAGUUUUCUAAAACUGAUAUCCCUACUGAAGGAGACCAAUCAGAUCAUCCACAAACUACUGAAGGAGGCCAGUCUACUGCUGAAGAACACAACUCUACUGAAGGAGGUCAAUCAGGAGAUGAAGGAAAUGAACUCGUACAAUAUCUUGGGACCCUUGUGAGGAUGGCUAAUCAUGUCGGAAUAGAUUAUGAUGAUUGGAGGAAGAUCCCUAUACAGAAGAAAGAAGAUAUGUAUUCUAUGGUUAAGGCCAAGUUUGUUAUUCAUCCGGUUGAAACAAGUGAAAUCAAGAAAUGGAUCCUUUUUAGCAUGGGGAAAAAGUGGAGGACUUGGAAAGGUUCACUAAAAGCACGUGCAUAUGAUUCAAGUCUUACAAUCGAUCAAAUUGUGGCACAACAAACUGAGAAAGAUAACAGGGUGAACCCAACUCAGUUUAAAAAACUUGUUACUCAUUGGUUUACUCCAGAAUAUCAGAGCAUGUGUGAUUUGAGGAGAAAGAGCCGUGCAAAGAUGGAAGAGCCCCAUGUUUCUGGGACAAAAUCAUUUGCUCGACUUGCUCACGAAGAGACUUCCCUACAAGCCAUUGCAAGUGAUUCCUCAAAUACCCAAGGAUCAAAUACCCUAGGAUCUGUAGAUGAUUUUUCAAAUGAUGACUACUCUAAGUUAAAGGUCCUGAAAAAAGAGGGUAUAUCAGAUGUGUUGGAAGGAUACCUACCGUAA